CCAGAGUUCCUCCAAAUCCUCUCAGAUAUUUGGGAGCCAUUCUUCUGUAGAGAAAACUGGUACUAAACGAUUCUUAUAUGGUUCCCGCCCUCCACCAGGUCUUACUGUUACUGGCACAUGGGCUCCUACUGCUUCUCGUGAAAACCAUACUAGUUCCUAUUAUGAUAGAGCAAUACUUUCCGAUGACUGGUUUCGGCAAGGUAAUAGAUUGAAGGAUAGAUUAUUGCCUGACCGUCGAAAGCUUGAUCUAGAGCUAGAGAGAAUGUUGAAAGACGGAGAUAAACCGAUUUCGAAAACAGAAGCUGCACGACAGACUAGCAAUGCCUUUCAAAUGGUCAUAGCAAAUUUCUAUUCAUACAAAACUGGAAACGCCGUGAAUAAAUUCCUCGCAUUUUCUCAUUUUGGCCCUGUGAGUGAUGAGUAUUGUGAACCGAGAUAUGGUGGCCGACGCAGCUAUUUCGAGAAUGAUCCAUCCCUUCGCCAAUGGCGAAUGCAAAUGGCCCGUAUGUCAAGCCAGUUACCAUGGUGAGUCGACAGUUCCGCACAAUGUUAGGAUCGUGAUUUGCGUUUGUUAUUUCGGCCCAGCUCUUUGGUACAGCAUUUGAAUGGGUGAUUUCAAUUUCCUCGAUUGGCUGAAAUACUAAAGUUUUCCUAUAUCUCCAGCAAGUUAUUAUGGGUGAAUCGGUAAGGCGGUGAGUAUUAUUCCAAUCAACAUACAAAGACCAGAUUAUAUUAAUAUCUUUGUUACUCCAGCUCCAAUGUCAUACUGCCGCGAAGGGUGUCAGGUCUAAAUUCUUGCCAGCCAAAAAAAAAGGAAUACCAGG